AUGCUGCCCGCCUGCCGCCGGGCCCGGCCCAGGCCGGGGAGCUGCGUCCCGGAGAGCGGCCUUGCCUUCUACGUGGUGUGGGAGCUGCGGGAGCCGCCGCGGCGGCUCAGCAGCCAGUCCAGCAAGAUGGGUUUCCAGGCUUGGCUGCCAUUGCCGUUGCCAAAGCAGCUGGUGGUGUUCGGGCUGGGAGACUGGAGCUGUUACUCUGCGGACACAGCCAUCGAGGUGGACGUGCUGGUGUCCCCGGGCAUCUCACCGCAGUGGGUUGGCACGCUGGAGCCCACCCGCAGGUCUCUGGUGUGGGAAGGUGUCUGGAGAACAGAUAUUUUCAUGGCCUCAUUGAAAGAGAUGGACAAAGGCAACUCUGUGAAGCUUGUCCUGACUGUCAAUGGACAGCUGCUCCGAGGUAUCUCCAGCAGUACGCCCACCCACCCCUUCCUUGUUCCAGAAGCCACCGAGUCACCAGUGCUCCCAGCAGAUGAUAUGCCCUGUAGUGAGGACCUGGUGUGUCCUACUAUGGUUAAGAGUCAGAGCUCAGAGGUGACUGCUAGAGCAUCCAGGCCUGGGAGGAAGGACAUUCACCCACCACUGAGGACUGUGGUGGUAUCCAGUGAGCUGGCACCACCAUCUGGCAAGCUGGAACCCAGUGAGGCCUGGAGGAAGAGUCCUGUCCACUCCAAGAAGCCCAGGAAAGUUUUAUUUCAGCCCACAGCAUCAGAGAGAGAUCUCGGUGAAGAAGAUCUGGCGGUGGAGGAGUUGCAAGGUGGUCCCAGCCCACGGUGGUGCCAUGCCAUGUGCCUCAGUGACCUGGGGACAGCUGUUCUGAUUGGUGGAGAAGGUGCUGAUCAGCAGUCCUGCAAGGACGCACACUGGAAGCUGGAAAUUGACAGUGAUUUCUGGCUUCCAAUGGGUUUCCAGCUACAAAAAGCCACGCCAUCAUGCUUACGUGGUCACACAGCUACCUAUGACCCAGAAACCAAGCGUAUCUACAUUUUUGGGGGCAUAAGGGAAGACAAAGACUACGGUGGCAUCUACAUCCUGGACACAGUCACCUGGAAAUGGAUCCUCGUGGCUACAUUCAGCUACUCUACUGAAAAACAAGCUGCUAAUUUUUGGAGGGCGGAGGACUUCUCUCUACCUCAGCGACAUGCACAUCCUGGAUCUGGGUUUCAUGGAGUACACACCUGUCCCUCUCCUCGCAGGACAGCCUUCCUCACGUUGUUUUCAUGCAGCUCUGGCUGUGUCGGACCAGAAGGUUCUGAUCAGUGGAGGCUGCAGUGCCAAAGGAGCCCUGCAGGAUGCCUUUGUCUUCCACCUGGAUACUCUGUCAUGGAGCACAGUGAUCCACCAUGACCUCUGCUCUGUGCCUCGAGCUGGCCACACAUUGCUUGACCUGACUCCUGCCCACCUGAUGGAUGUAGACAAGGAGAACAAAGAGGAGCAUAAUCUGCACAUGGUGUUGAUCUUUGGGGGCUCCAACUGUGCUGGGACCUUUUACAACAGCACAAUCAAGAUCCAGCUAA